CAAUAACGUUUGACAUUGUUGAUGUGGACUUUGCUUCAGUAUAACAUUAUUGUAAAUGAGAGAAUAAAACGGCCAAAGGAUGAAUACGGCUCUGAGACACUGGAAGGAGGCUGCGACGGUCAUACUAGCUGCUGGUACGAGACAUAAACUCCCUGUAGAUAGUUUGACGAGGUGUGUCGAUAAAGGCACCUCUGCACCUGCGAUCAGUGGGCACUCCAACCUACCUGACAGGUUAGCCUUCGACUAUGAAGUGUUGUUGUUGAAACGAAGCGGUACGAGUGGUUUCAUGCCGAAUGCUUAUGUCUUUCCCGGAGGUCUGGUGGAUCCGGCAGAUUUCUCAAGUGAAUGGCUUGAUCUUUUUAAAUCUUUUCGGCGCUCACCGAAUUUUGGACUCGGAUUUGUGAAACAGCCGCCGGAGACGAGACCUCCUAUCUUCGCCACUGACAGGAAGAAACUGGGUUCUCCCGUUCCAGGGGACGUCGCAUUUAGAAUCUGUGCCGUGAGGGAAACGUUUGAGGAGUCAGGUGUACUUCUAGUCGUGCCUAAAGAGGAAGAGAGUACUUUACUUAACAGCAUCGAGAACAACAGAUACAGUCAGCCCGAAUUAACCAGAAUAACCGAUCUCUGUGACAAGAGUGAAUUGGCUAAAUGGAGAGUGCUGGUAAACGAGAACCCCUCUAACUUCAUCAGAAUGUGCAGGGAGCUGGAGUGUCUACCUAACAUCUGGGCUCUGCAUGAAUGGGGUAACUGGCUGACCCCUACUGGUGUGUACGGGAAACAGCGGAGGUACGACACGGCCUUCUACAUUUGCUGCUUGCAAGAAACACCACCUCACACCCUACAAGACGAGAAGGAAAUUGUGCACUUUAAGUGGUCCACCCCCUCAGAGAUCCUCCACAGCUACCAGGCCAGAGAGAUGUGGAUAGCCCCUCCACAGUUCUAUGAUCUCAGCCGUAUGUGCCGGUUCCCCUCCCUGCUGGACCUCCACAGCUUCUCCAGACAGAGAGCUUCAGAGGGCUGUGAACAGUGGCUCCCUGUCCGCAUGGUGUCAGACAGCUACUACAUAUCCCUCCUCCCAGGUGACGAGCUGUACCCAGAGGAGGGGUCAUGUCAGAUGGAUGUGACCCUGAACACAGACCGGAGCCUUGAUGAGCUACAUCAGGGCUGCUCAGCACUGCACCGUAUCGUAGCCUUGGACCCCUACACUGCUGCUGCCGUCAUCACCAUCACACCCAAAUACAACCACCUGCUGCCCUUCCCCCGGUCCAACCUGAGAACCAGCGCCAGCAGUCAGCUCUGAGAGACGGGCUGAUCACCAUCACACCCAAAUACAACCACCUGCUGCCCUUCCCCCGGUCCAACCUGAGAACCAGCACCAGCAGUCAGCUCUGAGAGACGGGUUGAUCACCAUCACACCCAAAUACAACCACCUGCUGCCCUUCCCCCGGUCCAACCUGAGAACCAGCACCAGCAGUCAGCUCUGAGAGACGGGUUGAUCACCAUCACACCCAAAUACAACCACCUGCUGCCCUUCCCCCGGUCCAACCUGAGAACCAGCGCCAGCAGUCAGCUCUGAGAGACGGGCUGAUCACCAUCACACCCAAAUACAACCACCUGCUGCCCUUCCCCCGGUCCAACCUGAGAACCAGCGCCAGCAGUCAGCUCUGAGAGACGGGUUGACACUCAAAUGGCACCCUAUUUACAAUUACUUUUCAGCAGAGAUACACAAACAUCUGGUCAACAGUAGUGCACUAUAUAGGGAAUAGGGUGCCAUAGAGCUCUGGUCUAAAGUAGUGCACUAUAUAGGGAAUAGGGCUCUGGUCUAUAGUAGUGCACUAUAUAGGGAAUAGGGCUCUGGUCUAAAGUAGUGCACUAUAUAGGGAAUAGGGUGCCAUAGGGCUCUGGUCUAAAGUAGUGCACUAUAUAGGGAAUAGGGUGCCAUUUGUGAGUUGACCCAUGUAUUGUACUGUACAGGCUUGCUGCUAAGGUCUUGCUGCUGGUUUUCCUACUACUGUGUUCUGCUACCUGACAAAGGGCUCCCGAGUGGCGCAGUGGUCUAAGGCACUGCAUCUCAGUGCUAGAGGCGUCACUACAGACCCUGGUUCGAUUCCAGGCUGUAUCACAACCGGCCGUGACUGGGAGUCCAAUAAGCCGGAGCACAAUUCAUUGCCACAAUUCAGGCCAUCAUUGUAAAUAAGAAUUUGUUCAUAACUGACUUGCCUAGUUAAACAAAGGUUAAAUAAAACAUUUAUUAAAUUCUG